GUUGGCGAUGUUGUUGACCUUGAUGGCUUCGGCGGCGAGAUUGAGACCAACGACGGCGAGAAGACGACUCUGAAGGCGCUUGUCGAUGAGAGCAAGGCUGGUGUCGUCCUCUUCACCUACCCCAAGGCUUCUACUCCAGGAUGCACAAAGCAGGUCUGCUUCUUCCGCGACUCAUAUGAGCCCCUCACAGCAGGCGGCCUUGCCAUCUACGGUCUCAGCACCGACUCUCCCAAGGCCAACACGACCUUCAAGGACAAGCAGAAGCUCCCCUACCCUCUACUGUGCGACCCCAAGGCGACGCUCAUCGGCGCCAUCGGCCUCAAGAAGUCCCCCAAGGGCACCCAGCGCGGCGUCUUUGUCAUCGACAAGGAGGGCAAGGUGCUCGUUGCCGAGCCCGGAAGCCCCCAGGGCACCGUCGACAGGGUGAAGAAGCUCGUC